GAGGGUCUGUUAUCUCAUGGUCAACUCUGCAGAGAAAUCUGUGAAGUCUGGCUGAGCUCAUGGCCUGUCUCAUCUGCUUCUUCUUGACAACACUUCAGCACUCGCUGACGCCUUGUGAAGCUAGUGGUUUAAGCAGGAUGUGCCUCCAGUGCUGCCUCCGGCACCAGGAGUAUCCCAGAACAUUGGCGCUUCUGAGGAACACUGCCGCGUCCUGCUAUGGGUCAUGAGCGUACUGCUCUUGAUUGAGUACUCGAUGGAGGUGGCUACUGGGAAAGGCUACUGCAAAGUCCUGGACAAGGAUUACUACAUUAUUGCGGACAUCACCACCAGCUUCCUGUUGAUCUUCAUGCUGUUUAUCAUCAGCUUCUACCUUCUCUAUGGAGUGGUGAAGAACAGGGAACGCCACUUGAUUCCAUUCCUGGCUUUGCAAAUCAUGGAUUUUCUCCUCACCCUCUUCACGGUCUUCAGUUCCUACAUUCAGGUCCCUGAAAUGCUGUCUUUUGCAUCCAUUAGCCAUGUGAAAGCACACACGAAGGUUCCCUUCCUGGCCGUACAAUUACUGGAUUUCUGUCUGAGCAUCUUAACUCUUUGUAGUUCCUACAUGGAGGCCCCAGCCUACCUCAACUUCCACUCGGCGAACCAAGAGAGCUUCCUGCCCAGCCAGGAGAAGUUGCCUUCCGAGGAAUAUGCCAAAGUGAUGAUCACCUUCACCAUCACAUUCAUCGCUGUCCUCCUGCUAAAGGCCUACAUGUUCAAAUGUGUCUUGAGAUGCUACAAGUACAUUAAAGCCAGCAAGAAUGAGGAGGUGAAAGUCCUGCCAGAGUUUGCUGAGAAGGUCAUGCUGCCGUCAUAUGAGGAAGCCGUAGAACUGCCCCCUAAGGAGUCUCCACCGCCCUACUCAGGAGUUUAAGCCCCAGCCACUGAGAUGGGACAACAUCUCUGCUGCUGUGAAUGCCUCUUAGCUUUUGUGCCUCAACUGGCCGAUGUUCAGCAUUCCUGAAUAAUGCCUCUGUUCCGCGGAGAGCGUGCUCUGGUUCAUUGGACUUGGAGUUCAUAACGAUUUCAGUUUCUGCUGUGAAAAUAGAAGUGUCAGGUCUGAUUCUUCUCUCGUGCUGGUUUCAUCCCAGCACUGUUCAGUUUGCUUCCAAGGAGCUACUGCCGAUUUACACCUCUCUCACUGAGAGAAGAAUCGGACCUGCAGAGUAGGAAGUAGAACCCAAAAAAGCUUUUUGCUGAGUGAGCCCAAUUCUGAAAUAUGCUCGGUUACCCAGCAGCUUUUAAUGAAGUCUUAAGGGGGAAGGACCAGAAAAGGCAGAUGAUUCCAUGUGAACAGCAGUGCAGCGCUCAGCCUGCCUGUCUAUGCUACUGAGUAGGAGCGUGAGAUCUGGCUGUCGGAAGUGCUGAGAUCCUUACAUUAUUGCCCUGCUGUUUUGCACCUCCUCGUCUUUGUGGUUUUGCUUUUCGUGUGUGAUUUGAAAAAAUGAGUUUCAAUAAAAAGCUAAUGGCGUCAA